AUGCUCAAGAAGAUUAAGGGCAAAUCAGACAAAUGUUUCACCACUGAUAUGUUUGUGGAAGCUCAAAUAAAGGAGAGAGGCAGGCUCCAGACAGAGUUGGAGAAGAUGAAGCGCCUCAACAGCUCACCAGUACAUUUUAAUGAAGGUGUGGACAAUGGAAAUGGUGUUAUAAUCUCUCAUUCAUUUCAUUUUGUAGUCAUUCAGAAUCCAGACAGCAUCCCAGAUUCUGUCAGGAUCGUGCUGAUUGGGAAGACAGGAGUUGGGAAGAGUGCAACAGGAAACACCAUCCUGGGGAGAGAGGCUUUUAAAUCUGUACCUUCGGGUGAAUCAGUGACGAGCUGUUGUCAGAAAGACACAGCACAAGUAAAUGGCCGUUCUGUUACUGUUGUAGACACACCAGGGCUGUUUGAUACAGGUGCCCCAAAUGAAAAGGCCCUGAAAGAGAUUCUGAGGUGUUUCAGCUUGCUGGCCCCUGGACCCCAUGUGUUCUUGCUGGUUCUUUCGAUUGGUACCAGGAUGACACAAGAGGAAAAGGACACGUUGAAACUCAUCAAAGAUACUUUUGGGACUGGGGCUGAAAUGUUUACCAUUAUACUUUUCACAAAAGGGGAUGAGCUAGGUCAUCGUUCAGUUGAACAGUACCUCAAAGAAAGUGAUUGUGCAAUUGAACGACUAAUCUCUGACUGUGACAGACGGUCUCAUGUGUUCAAUAACAACGAUAAAGGGAAUCACAAACAGGUGCCUGAGCUGAUGGAACUGAUUGACAGGAUGGUGAAGAAGAACAGUGUGGGUUGUUUCACCAAUGAGAUGUUCCAAAUGGCAGAAGGUGCAGUUAAAGAGAAGUUUGAGAACAUGAUAAAGGAGAGGGAAUUGGAAAUUCAGAGGGAGAAGGAACAGCUUCAGUCCAAAUUUGAAGAGGAAAUAAAAAAAAUGAGAGAGGAAAAGAGAAGUGAAAUACAGAGGGAAAGAAAAGAGAAAGAUAAGCUGCUCAGAGAAAAAGAGGAGUGGGAAAUGGUCCAUAGCUGCAACUACAUCCAGAGACAUAUCUACAUCCAGAGACAUGACUACAUCCAGAGACAUGACUACAUCCAGAGACAUAUCUACAUCCAGAGACAUGACUACAUCCAGAGACAUCACUACAUGCAGAGACAUGGCUACAUCCAUAAUAUUGCUAUAUCCAGAGACAUAGCUGCAGCUACAUCCAUAAUAUUGCAUUUAAAAAUGUUUACUUCAACUUUUCUCAUGUCAUAA